CUAGCAAACAAUCCCUCCCCUCAACCCCAAAUUCCUAACCCGGCCCUCACAUCUGGGCAAAAUAAUGUCGUUGCCGUCGCCGCCCUAGACUGCUCCCGCCGCCCACCCAAGAACUGCUCAUGUCCGCCGUCCAGCUGCAUUCUUGAUAUUGAUGUCGAGCAAAAGGAGAAAGGAGAACUGCUAGAAAGAAGAAAUGCUAUCCUUCUUGUUUUUUAUUUUUUUGGUGAAAGAACAGCUAUCCUUCUAGCGGUAUAUGACAAAGAUCUUAAAGCAGGGUUCAUCAUCUCAUGUUAAUCUAUCAUUAUAUUUCUUACGAGAAGUGGCUAAUACAAUCAUGACCAAGAUAUGUACAAGGACUGAAGGAAGGGAAGGACAUUUCAGUGGCGACCAUGAUUGGGCUUCCGGUGAGGUUGGCCGACUCCGGCUAGGGAUGGCAAUGGGUCGGGUUUUGUCAAACUCAAACCCAAAUCCAUGGGUUUAUCCGCCAAAAAAAACCGGGGUAAAACCCGCUGGGUUUGAAAAACUCAAACCCAACCCAACCCGCUGGGUAUCCGCGAGUUCAUGGGUACCCGUGGGGUUUUGUGGUAAAAAAUUUACAAUAACAAGUUUCUUUCAAAAUAAAAGUUUAACAUUAAUUUUCUCAUACAAAUUAUUCAUACAAAAAACACCAAUCUAGAGCAUACAAGCAAACCACAAAUGAUCAAUACAAAUUGUUCAAAGUUAAAGAUUAACAUCUAUAAACAAUAAGAUUAAUUGAAAGCUUCUUACUCGUCAACUAAGUUUCUUCACUCUCCACUUCAUAAUAUCAACUUCAUUCUAAACAAUUAGAAACAACAAAUUAUAUAUGUCUCCACAAACAUAAAGAAUAUUAAUUGUUUAAGGAAGAUAUAUUAUUUAGAGUAUUAAAUAUACAGGAAAAGUAAUUAUAUGUGUGUGGGCGGGUACCCAUGGGGCGGGUUUACCUAAACCCAAACCCAACCCGACCCGGUGAAUAGUGUAGCGGGUUUAAACCCGAACCCGGCCCAAAACCCGUCAACACAGGUUUUACCCGCGUUGACCGGGUUGGGUCGGGUGGGUACCCGUGGGUUCGGGUUUUGUUGCCAUCCCUAACUCCGGCACUCGUGUGAUUGUUUUAGGGUUUAAAAGUGUUUGAAAUAACAAAAAAUAAAUUAAGGUUUCUACCAAAAAAAUUAAAUUAAGGACAGUAGUGUAAAAUUAUCAUAAUUAGGGCGACAAGUAAGGAUUUUUAGGGCGUCGAAUAACAAUCCCUCAUAUUAUACCUAUAACCUUUUUCUAAUAAUAUCUAUUAUCAUUACUUAAUGGGCCAAGCCAAUUGCUAUAGUAUCCAUAUGAUCUGAAAAUCAUAAUAAUCCAAUCUGUACUUCUUGCCCCAAAAAGACCAUUUCAAACAAAAGAUUCCAUGACAAAAAGCCCAACACGCAGUUCAACAUUCUCAGGCGUGUGUUUCCUCCUUUCCUUUCCUCUCCUCUCCUCUCCUCUGGGCCACAAACUUUCUCGCACGAUAGAUUCCAUCUUUCCGUAGGCUGUCAACCCGUCUCUCCCUUUCCUCCUGAUCUCAUAUCUCUCCCAGAAAGAAAGAAUGGCCAACUGAUAAAUCCGAGGAAAUCUUAGAUUUCCCAUCCCUUUCUCUCUCUGUCUCUCUCCUCACUCAGUCCAGCCUUUUGAGGUUCAUGGGUAUGUCCAAUCUUGCCAUGUUGUAUAUUUUUGGAGCUUUAUUCGAGUUCAAUUGCGUUGUUGGUCUUGUGGGUUUUGCUUAUUCGAGGAUGAAGUUCGUUCCUUCAUUUUUGUUUUCUCAUUGCUGAUAGCCAAGCUUUGUAGCUUUCUUGUUGGAUUUGUGCUUGGUUAAAUUCUUCUUUUUACUUCCUUCCUUUCAAUUAUUCCAAGUCUUUGUUUGAGGUUAAUUGGAUUUCAGCUGGUGUUCUUUGAAUGCCGAACUGGUUUUUGUCUUACCUUUUACCUCCUGCCAGAGUGAAAGAGGGUUCAGUCUCUGAGUGGAGGCCUCUUCUUUUGUUUGCAAUCUUCUUCUUUCUGUUGAUUUCAUGGCUUCUAAUAAAUACAUUCUGGUGUUUACUAGUUAGUUAAAUGGAGCCGAUGUGGAGGAAUCUGAAAGAUCUACUUAUGUUGCUGAAAUAAGUAGAGAUAUAUGACUUCCUGCUAGGUUUAUUGUUCCUUCUAGCGGGUUUUGAUACACUCCUUUAGUUCAAUCAGAUACGUGGAUGGAAUCGAAUCAAUGAUGUUUUUGUAGAUUUCAGGGUGAAGUGUGGACUUACUUUGUGGUUUGACAUUUGAAUGCAGCAGUAGAGGUUUUAUUUUGAUGUGAUUGAGGUGCUGGAACAGGAUGGAAGAAGGCGAUAUGUUCUCGGGGUUAGGGGAUGGUGGGAUUCAGGUAGAUGGCAAGGUGCUGCAGACGUUUCAGAGAAGUUUCCGGCAAGUUCAGGACAUCCUAGAUCAGAACAGGUUGCUAAUCAACGAGAUAAACCAGAACCACGAAUCGAAGAUCCCAGAUAACUUGAGCCGAAAUGUUGGGUUGAUUAAAGAGCUGAACAACAACAUUAGAAGGGUUGUAGAUCUCUACUCAGAUCUUUCUACUGACUUUGCUCAGUCAAUGGAAACAACAACCUCCUUGGAUGGGGAAUCAACCGCGGUUUUGAGGACCAGUGGGAACAGUAAGCCCAGCCAGAAGAGGAAUAGGUUUGGCAAUUGAUUAAAACACUUUAAGGUUCUUAGACAUUUUUCGUAUACAGUGUAAUAAGGGAAAGAAAGAACAAAUCUCUUUUUGUGUGUGUGAUCAAUGGUUAGGUUUCGACUAUUAGCAUUGCAGCUUCCAGUAUAUGACAUUCUGCUAAGUCCAUUGCUUCAAUUCAAUGUCUGUCUGUUGUACUGUCCUAUUGAAUCAAAUAAACUUCUAGUUUUGUUUUCUCUAGCCGAUUUCCUGAUAUCUGCGGCAUUUUUUUUCCGCAGUAUUUUAUCAGUAAUUGAUUGAUGAUUAUCCUCUUUUCUUUCAUUCAGAAUUCUUUCUUUGUUCAUCAUAUACGGUUGAAUGAAGGAGAACAAGUGUUGGAUUAUUCUCUUGACGACGGAGAAAGAAUUGGACUGAGUUUCUGAAACUUCUUUUAGUUCAAAUACAGGUAGUUCAGUACUUGGUACUUUAGUGAAGUCAUUAACCAUCAUAGUUGUUACUUGAGAUAUUUUCUUCUUUCCACUGUCUUGUGGCAUUUACUGUUCCUCCUAAGAGCAGAAAUCAUGUGGGUUGUGAAGUUAAUGCUGCAUUGAAAUCAUGUUCUUGAAUGAAAUGUUUAGGACUUUUGGCUCAUCUUUCCAGCAGUUAUGUUUUCAGAUAUGGAUAGUAAAUUUCAAGAAAAGUAAAGAACUUACUUCUCAUGUGAUGACUGCAGCUUGUUUUCCAAAUGAAGUAUGAAACUUCUGUCUCUAAAGUAGUAGCUUUUGCUUUGCCCUUGUAAGGAAUCAAAAUGGAAAUUCUUGCUUGAUUGUUUGCUUCUUGGUGGCAGAGGGCAAAGUGAAAAAAGCAAAAAGAGUGAGAGAGAUACUUUUAACUGCCAGGAAUAGCAAUGGGGCUGGGGUGUCAAUGCUCAUAUUCACUCAUAUUGAAUCCUAUGUCAGUUUAGGUAGGUUAGGUCUGGAGUCAAAUUAUCAGAGAGUUGAACUCUCAAACUUAAUACAUGAUUGAAGAAGGGAAAACAAGUAAAUAUAGAAGAAAUUUGAGACAGAAUUCGUCGAAAAUGAGACGAUAAGAUGCAAAUGAUCCGUGAACAACACUUGCUCGACCUUAUUUUGCUUGCGACUUGUCAUGCAUUGGAAAAGAUUAGUGGAAAACAAGUUGGAGCAGAUGAACUUGAAUUGUCAUUCUACCAUUGUAUAUCAACAACAACAAAAAACUUGCCCUCCUCCAUCCAUCAUUCUGGUUAGACUCUUUCCAAUCUGAUUUCCUUCUUCUUCCCCAUUAACCACCCUGUUCCAUGACAAAAAGUAAAGCAGAGAAUGAAUGCCACUGCUGCUACUAUAAACAGACAACUGUAAUCAUAUUAAUACCACAUGCUUCAGAGGCCAGCAAGAGUUCACUCUAGACAAGAGAGGCAUACUACCUAAGACAAAAGGACCAUGUGUAUUUUUUUUUUUUUACCUUUGAAGCUCUCCAAACUGGCAAAGAAUCCUUUCUGCUAGUUCAGAAAACCAGCGGGGAGUUUUCUGGCUAGGGAAAUAACCAAACGACUAGAUGGCCACUGAACUAUGAGGUCAGUAAAGAAAUGGUCUUAGUUGAGUUGUAAAUUGUAAUUCAUCCUCGAUUCAUAAGUGAUUGGAUCUAGUUGGUUGGUGUUUAUGGUUCCAAUCGUGCUUUUUCACUAGCGUGAUACUAUUUGGUUUGCCGACUCAAUCGCACUCUACACGUGAGUUAGAUAAGAUGAGGAGUAUUAGUUGUUUUACUUAAACCAAUGUAAUCUAUUUACCAAUGUUGUCAGAACCAAACCGGAGCAUGACCCGAUAAUGGGAAUGGCUCGCACUUUAGUGUUUCAACUGGCAUUAGACUGUUUAAAAACGGAUAGAGAACCGGUACCUAAUAAACGUUAUCAGUAUAAAUAGUGGACAUUUCUUAAUCAGAGCUCGUCUCUUUCCUUCGAAAUUGUGAAAUGAAAUAAGGAUUCAGUU